UGAGAUGUACAAUUCUUGUUAGUGCACAGACCUGCCCAUGGCCAAACGAUCGAGUCCCACUCUCGUGGUCGAACCACGUGUCCAAAUAACGCGCGAAUAAAAAUAGCGACACUCGUGACUCGACAGCAGCUGCUAACGUCUCUGUAUCUUGAAGAAGCCCAUCUCUUUCUCUCUCUAAAUUCCACUGCCCAAUGUCUUUCUCUCUCUAAACUCCAAUCCUCGCCUUCACAUAGCCUGCAAAAGUGGCCACAUUCACUGUAGAAAAGGACAAGGGCUUCCCCUCUCUCUUAAAAACUAGGGUUAAAUACUUAAAUCACUUGCUCGAAGAAUUCUAAGCUUGUCUUUCAUGGCGGCCACAAAAUUCCUCUUAUUGCUUGUGGUUUUGGUAUUUUCUUUGAGCUCAAAGUCUUCAGUGGGCACUGAAAAGGUUUCUCUGGAUCUGUAUUAUGAGAGCCUUUGCCCUUACUCCGCCAGGUUCUUUGUUAAUUAUUUGGACGAUUUGUUCUCUAAUGGCCUUAUCGACAUCGUCGACCUUCGUCUGAUCCCUUAUGGAAACGCCAGGGUUGGAUCCAACAACACAAUUAGCUGCCAGCAUGGCCCCUAUGAGUGCUUGCUGAACACUGUGGAAGCAUGUGUUAUAGAUGUCUGGCCUAAUGUGGGUGAACACUUUCCCUUUAUCAAUUGCAUUGAAACCCUUGUUGCGGACCACAAGUAUUUAGAUUGGCAAUCGUGUUUCGUGAAAGCUUUCUCGGGCUUCCAACGCGUUGCAGACUGCUACAAUAGUGGAUACGGGAAAAAGCUUGAACUACAAUAUGCAGCAGAAACUAAUGCUCUACAACCUCCUCAUACGUAUGUUCCUUGGGUGGUCGUUGAUGGGCAACCACUUUACAAGGACUAUGAAAAUGUAGGAGCUUAUGUGUGUAAAGCCUACAAAGGAAGUUUGCCUCCGGCUUGUAAUUCAGCUGCAGUACUGACCUCAGCUUCACUCCUGAGCACUGUGAACCAUCAGAAGAAGCAUGUGACCGAUGCUGGAGAGGAGGCGGCAAUAGCCAUUCCUACUGAACCAGAGGGGCAUUGGAAAUUUGUUACGUGAGGGAUAGAUCUCCACUUCCUCUCUCUUGGAAGGAUAUGUUCAUUUGAGGUCCUUGUCCAUAGCAGGUUUGCUUUUAUUGUGCCAUCGGAUGGUUCAUAUUUUAUGUAAAUAAACGUUAUUACUGAAAUCCGUGAGACCAUAUUUUAUGUAAAUAAACGUUAUUACUGAAAUCUGUGAGACCACAAGCGGUAUUGAAGGUGGUAUUUUGAAGAGCUUAAUAAAUGAACCAUGUAAGUAUAGAUAGUUGUUGAGUGUUGACUCCUAUUGGUGAUAGCUUGAGUGUGUACAGAGUAUUAAUAGAACAAAGUGUUGUCAUGAUCA